AUGAAUCCAAAAAAGAAAAAGAUUUUAAAAAUACUAAGAGCGUCGCAGGGUCGCCGUGAAGCAAGACAGGAAAUCACGUUCAACAACGCAUGGAAACGAAGAACAUCACUGCUUUUAAGAUCGGUUUUCUUAUUAAGAGAUAAAAAAAUUUUCACGAAUCAUUUUCCACAUCGCUUUGAACUCGUCUUUUGUGUUAUGAAAAAGGCAAAAAUGUUUCCAUAUGGUUUAUAUCCAAUUGCACCGAUACUUCAAUCUUAG